AUGAACCAGAGCCAGUACAGAGCCAGUGCGCUGGGAGGGAGCAGCAACGGGGUCUUUCAACACAGCAACAACAGCACUCCAAGACUCACAAAGACCAAGCAUGUCACAAGACAGACCCAACCACUAUCAGUGAGCCAGCUGGCAAAUAUUCAGGCCCAAGAAGGUGACGCUAAAAAAUCUUUCAAUUUAGAAGAUGAUCUAGAGUUCUAUCCAGACCAUAUUGAAACAAGAAGACCAAUCAACAUGAACCAAAGAAUGAUCAUGAACCCAGCGCUUUCCCCAUACAGCACUCCAACAAAGACAGUUUCUUACAAUGGUCAACAACAGGUUCAUAGAUUAAGCGGUUAUAUCUCACCAGGUCAUGUUAUCAAUUCACCUCAACAUCAACAACGUGUGUUGAACCAUACUCAAGUUUUCAAUUCACCACAACCACAAAACAUCGCCAUUAGAGGUAGAUUGGAUUUAUCAAACGUUAAUGCUUCACCAAUGUACCAAAACCAAGCUAAUAUUCGUCAUUGGUGA